AUGGCUCCUAAGUAUGGAUGUUUACUAGUGCUUUUAACUCUUUUUGUGAGCACAUGCUGGGGACAGCAGUUAAUUCUACCAAAAGGUCGUUAUGACGACACACUUCGGGGAUUAUGUAGAGAAAACGAUGCGUACGCCAAGGUUCCAUGGGACUGUCAGGCUUAUGUUCAAUGUAAAUCCUCGCCAGGAAGUAGGGAAAUAUUUCUCCAGAGGUGUCCUGCAUCACUGGAGUUUAAUAUGAAACACAAGACAUGUGGCUGGCCUGAAUCAACGUGCCCGGAUCUAAAAGAUUUGGUGGAUUCAUUUUGUCUAGAACACCCGACAGCAUUACUUCCAAACCCCGAUAAUUGUGCUCAGUAUUAUGAUUGUUCGAGACCCACAAGAAAACAGUUUGCUGGGGCCACGCCCUAUCUUCAGGAAUGUCCUCACCCACAACUGUUUGACCUGGUGACUUUUGAUUGCCUCGACUACAGAAAUGUUAAGUGCUCCAACAGGAAACAACCAGUGUCACCUUGUGACUACAAGGCGUAUGAAUGUACAGGACCCGACUGUAAGAAGUGCACAGACCAGAUUCCCGGAUGCACAGGGAAGGCGGAUGGACCAAACCCUCAUCCAAGUCGUCUUCUUUCCAACUAUUUCGUUGUAUGUCAAAAUGGCAAAGCUACGUCGGUAGAGACGUGUUCCAGAGGGCUUUUUGACCCCACUCAGGGCCGGUGUACAACCCAACUGGACCCCCUAUCCGUCGAUACAUUCUGUAAGGAGAACCCUCGUGGAAAAAUCGCAAAUCCUUCCAACUGUGCCAUGGUGUAUGACUGCACGCGCACCAGACAGCGUAACAACUUCCUGAAAUACGAAGACGAGUGUCCCUACCCGAUGUAUUACUCCGAACUACAAUCAAUGUGCAUGGACUUCCGGGAUGUGCAGUGCGGCUUCCGGUCUCAACCGAUUAACAAAUGUGACUACCAGAGAUAUUCGUGUUCAGGUGCUAAUUGUCCUGUGUGUGAUCAAGUCUACCCUAGUUGCGCCGGCUUAUCUGAUGGACUGCAUGUAUAUCCUGGAAGGGAAGGCACCUCGUCUUAUAUCGAGUGCUUCCAGUCAAGAACAGUGGAUUCGGUUUCGAAAUGUCCAAAUGGAGCAAUAUUUGAUCCUAGAACGAGGUCGUGUGCAGGAAAUGCACAAAUCAAUCCAACAAACCCUAACAUCGGGGGUGGAGGCGGGUCUGGAGGUCCAUUCCCUAACACUGGAAACAAUGGCGGAAGUCCCCAGAUGGGAGGCGACUGCGUAAGCAACCCCCGGGCCCUUAUACCGGACAACACAAACUGCGCACGUUACAUUGACUGUAGUAAGGUGGACCCGACCCGGGGGCUGGCUAGUAUGAUUGAGGAGUGUCCCUACCCUCAGCUAUUUGAUUCUAGAACCAGUGAAUGUCAUAAUUUCAUUGAUGUCAGCUGUGGAGGUCGUUAUGAACCAAAAUCGCCAUGUGAGUAUGAAAACACCAAAAACCUAUGUAACGGACCUAUGUGUCAGCUAGAGUGCAGUAAAAGAUCCCCUAGCUGUGUUGGAAGACCGGACGGAAACAAUACGUUCCCGGACAGAGAACUGACCUCCUUCUACAUCUCGUGUAUGUUGGAACGGACGCUCUCUGUCGGUAUUUGUCGUUAUGGAGUAUAUGAUCCAACUCUUCGUCGAUGUACAACACAGCUUCACCCAGCGUCUGUCCAAGCCUUCUGCCAAAAGAAGCCCACCGCUGUGUUUCCGCACGUGGCCGAUUGCGGGCGGUACUACGACUGUAAUGACACCUUGGAUGAUCCCUUGUUCGGCCCGUACCUUAGAGAAUGUCGCUAUCCCGAGCUCUUCAACAUAGUCCAACUGCGAUGCGUGCCACCAAAAGAGGCUAAUUGUCGUUGGAGACGCGAGCCCAAGAACCCAUGCGACUACUUAUAUAACCAACAUUGUCCGGACCCCUCGUGUGAGCCUUGCGAGGUACGCUUCCCCGGAUGUGUCGGACGGUCAGACGGACGACAUCCUGUCAGUAAUACCGAAGAUAAAUAUUUUGUAUGCAGUGGCGGCAUGUUUGUCAGUAUGGAAAAAUGUACAGGGGCUUUAGGGUCGUACGACCCAGUCGCGAGGCAAUGUGUCGCCCCCUAUAAUUGCGCCGGAUAUCAGAAUGGUAACCACGCCAUUGCCGGAACGGAUACAGAUUAUUUCACUUGUGUAGAUGGCUUUUACGUCAGCAAAGGCUCGUGCGCACCAGAUACCUUCGACUCAGUGGACCGUGUCUGCGUUCAAUCACCAUGCGCAGCUUUACUGGACGGAAAUUACAUUAUACCAGGACAGAAAACUGAUUUCUUCAUUUGCCAGAAUGGUAAAUAUGUGGAUAAAAUGUCCUGCGCGCCAUUCACAUUUGACGAGACGACCAAAGAGUGUCUGACACAUCCUGAUUGCGCAGGGUUGGAUGGAAACUUCCCUAUGCUAGAUUCUCCCAGUGAGUAUUUCACCUGUCGAAGUGGCCGGUACAUAGAGUCUGCCUCUUGUUCACCAGAAACCUUUAACAUAGACACAGGUCGAUGUAAUCUUCCUAGUUGUACUGGACGUCCAAACGGCAACAAUGCUCUUGUUGGUGCAGCUUCAGAGUUUAUCGUCUGCAGAAACUCUUACUAUCUACGGACGGGGUCCUGCGCGCCCUCCACCUUCGAUCCUGAGUCCCGACAAUGUAAAGUUCUCGAUUGCAGUCAGUUAGCUGAUGGUACGUACCCGAUAUCGGGAACAGACAACUCUUUCUCUGGAUCAGACUCGGACUGGAUCCGAUGUGAAGGGGGCUUUAGAGUUUCAAGCGGGACAUGUGAUCCGUUGUCCUACAAUCCCAUCACCUCGAAUUGUCAGGCAUCGCCAUCUUGUUCAUCACAGCCAAAUGGGAACAACCCCAUGAUUGAUAACGACUUCGUAUAUUUCAACUGUGAAAACGGCAUUUUACUUUUUAUCCAAUCAUGUGCUCCAUUUCCUUUUGAUCCCGUCACGCGCCAAUGUAGCUUCCCAGCUUGCGCGGGUGAUGGUAACUUUGCCAUCCCUUACAACAACCGACUAUACAUCACCUGUAGGAACGGCGAAAUCGCCUUUGAGGGAGACUGCGGCCCGUCAUUGUUUGAUCCAGUGACUGGGUUGUGUCGAGCUCUUCCAGAAUGUUUUGGACUUAUUGAAGGAAACAACGCCUUGCCUGGCACUGAAGAUAUGUACUUCGAGUGUCAGAGAGGCAAAUUCGUCAAGAUGUAUUCGUGUACUCCGCAGAUCUACAACCCUCUGACAGGACGCUGUAUCCCACCUAUCAAUCCUUCUGAUCCGGCCGCGUUUUGUCAGCGUGACCCCACAGCCAUCUUCCCCCAUCCCGAUAGCUGUGCCCGUUAUAUAAGCUGUGCCAAUGAGAAAACACAACUCGGUAACUAUCAAGAGGAAUGUCCCUACCCAACACUGCUCGAUAGCAACGAUGGUGUCUGUAAACCGUAUAGAGAAGUGCAGUGUGGGAGCCGAAUGGAACCUAAAUCACCUUGUGAUUACGAGAAGACGAAGCAGUGCACGUCCCCUGACGGAAUCUGUACACCGUGCGAACAGGAACACCCGAGCUGUGUUGGAAAGAGGGACGGGCCACAUGCCAUUACAAAUCGACCGGAAUGGUUUGUUCAUUGUGCAGACGAGAGAACCUAUGCCGUAAAGAAGUGCCCGGAUACAGCUCCAUAUUUCGACCCAAUUAUUGGCUCUUGUUCCGUAAGCUUGGACCCAUUGAACCCCGGUCCGUACUGUAAAGCUAACCCCACCGUCGUGGCGUUACACCCUGACAACUGUGCACAGUACAUAGACUGUAGACAGCUGCAUACAGACUUCGGAAACUAUAAACAAGAAUGUGUCUACCCAGAUCUUUUUGAUGAACAGACGAGUAGUUGCAGACCGUACAUCCAUGUCGACUGUGGCGCGCGGCCUAUACCGAAAGGACCAUGCGAGUAUGAAGCUAACAUGCGUUGCCUAAGUAACCGUUGUACUGUUUGCGAGGAAACUUUCCCGUCUUGUGUGGGACUUCCGAACGGCAAUAAUGCCUUCCCGGGACAUCGAAAUAAGUUUAUAGAGUGUAUGGAUGACCGCACCAUUCGUCAAGACACGUGCACAAAUGGCUACUAUGACCCGGCUUCUCGGAUCUGUACUCUAAAGUUUGACCCAGCCGAUCCGGAGCCUUACUGCGCCAUCAAACCCAAUGCUCUGGUAGCCAGUGAAAUGCUUUGUUCACAGUAUUAUGACUGCAGUAAGCCAGACAGUGCCUAUGGCCGGAACCUUCAUGAAUGUCAAUACCCUUUGCUCUUUUCAAGGACAACAUUGUCGUGUCAGGACUUUAGUACGGUCGACUGCGACACCCGAUUUGAGCCUAUUCAACCAUGUGAAUAUCUGCAAAACAAAUGUGUGCCCACCCCUGGAUCUGCCGCGUGUACACCGUGCGCAGAACGCCUUCCUCCGUGUAUCGGUCGCCCUGACGGAAACAACACUUUCCCCGGUCGCGAGAACACGCCCUUUUUCAUCACUUGUUUCAAACAACGAACAAUAUUUGUGAGGACGUGUGAGCGAGGAUAUUUCGACCCAGUCCUGAAAAUAUGCCAGUUCGAAAUUGACAUCGCAAAUCCAAGGCCAUUCUGCGCAUUCAACCCGACCGUCCGAGUUCCUCAUCCCGGAAGUUGCGCAAAGUAUUUUGACUGUAGCGCGGAAGUGAGUGUGUACGGCGAGUUCGUAGACGAAUGUCAGUAUCCUCUACUCUUCAACAGACAGUCUCAAACAUGUGACGAGUUCGAUAAGGUCGACUGUGGCAAUGUCCCUGUACCGCAAGCUCCAUGUGAGUACGACCAGAACACCUGCGCAAUCACACAGGAGAUGAGUUGUCAACCUUGUAAUGAGCGUCUUCCCAGCUGUAUCGGGAAAGAGGCCGGAAAUCACACAUUCCCAGGGCGUGAGCUUUCCACAUACUACGUCGUCUGUUUCCGAAAUAGAACUGUCGCCGUACGGUCAUGCGCAGAAGGAUUUUUUGAUCCUGCUUCUGGCCUGUGCACAACAGUUCUCACAGCAGCUGCUAUUCGUGGUUUCUGUGUCGCCAAUCCUGGAGUGAUUAAGGCCAACCCACUGAACUGUGCCCAGUACUUCGACUGUGGAAAUGCCAGUAUCCGUGCUCAGACCUUCCUCAGAGAAUGUCCGUACCCUAUGCAGUUCAACGCCGAUUCUCUUGCCUGUCAGAACUUUACAAGUGUCAAUUGUGACACGCGUAAAGACAUAAAACUACCCUGCGACUACUUACAGAAUCGAUGUAAUCCAGCAGAUCCGAAUUGUCAGCCAUGUGAACAACGUAUCCCCAGCUGUGCGGGUUUGCCGGACGGAAACAAUCCGUUCCCUGAUCGACCAAUGACUAACUACUUUAUUGUUUGUUUGAAUGAACGGACAGUGUCCAUAGAGAAAUGCGGAAGACUUUAUGACCCUGGUUCUCGCGCUUGUGUUAAUGACGUCACAGAACCAAUGGUGAAGACCUAUUGUGACGCGAACAAGGGUUCCAUCAAGGCUCAUCCUUACCAGUGUGCACAAUACUAUGACUGUCGAAGGGCAAUCGGUGGUUCCUUCCUCCGGGAGUGUAAAUACCCACAACUGUUUGAUGAUUUGACUGAUACCUGUCGAAACUUCUCAGAAGUCGACUGUACAAACAAAUUCGUACCUCAAGCUCCAUGUGACUACCUCCAAAAUCAUUGUCCACCCAACUAUCCCGGAUGUCAACCGUGUGAGGAACGCCUCCCAAGUUGCGUUUCGCUUCCAGACGGUAACAAUCCAUUCCCCGGACGUCUGUCAUCCGAAUUCUACAUCCAGUGUUUCCAGAACCGUACAGUUUCCGUAGAAGCCUGUCAAGUAUCCCAGUACGAUCAUACAAUUAGGAGCUGUUCUCCGCAGAUAAAUCCAAAUCUGCUGUCUAGUCACUGUAAGGAGAGACCAUUUGACCUCAUUCCUGACCCCACCAAUUGUGCCAGGUACUUCAACUGUAGCAACCCGGCCGUUUCUCAGGGUAUGAGCCAGCCAUAUAUGUCGGAGUGCAAAUAUCCAAAGUUGUUCGUUUCCUCCAGUAUGGGUUGUCAAAUAUUUACGACGGUGUCCUGCGUGGACCGAUACGAACCUAGGGCUCCCUGUGAGUAUGUCCAGAAUCAGUGUUUCGGUACCGAAUGUGAACCCUGCGAAUCAAAGUUCCCGAACUGCAUCGGUAAGGACGACGGAAGUAAUGAGUUCCCUGGGAAGGAAUUAAGUCGACUCUACACCGUCUGCUACUCUAACCGCACAGUCGCAAUUGUGUCAUGCGCAGUGGGUAUCUACAAUCAUAGGGAGAAGGCAUGUGUACAGGAUGCAGUGACGACACCAGCAACUGUACCUUGA